UCACCAACGCGCAAUAGUGCCAAUCCUCGUUCCUUAUUCUCACUUACCCACCGUUGACGCGCUUUUCAAUGGCUGUUCCGCUUUCUUAAUUGCCUCCCCGUCCCGUCACUCCUUGGCCUUUCCGCCCUCCUCACCUUCCCUCUGGCCCCUCGCCUCCACGCUCUAUGGUUCUCCGUGAUUCCCACCUUUACAACCUCCGUUUUCUUUCUUCUUCUCGUAUGAAUUCAUCACUAUCCUGAUCUCCGCUCUAACACAUGCACCACUGCGUUCACGGACUGUCUUGAUUUUGCGACGUCCGAAAACACCUCCGGUCCUUGAAUCCGGCCCCGUUGCAUCAUGCGAUGCGGACUUCGAUUUCUAUGCUGCGGUCUACUAGUUAUAUUCGUCCCGCUGUACCUCCUCGAACGACAUCUCCAGGAUCUGUAUAACCAGUACCACGCUGGCGAUUAUGUGGUCGACUGGUGGAAAUACAACCAACCCAGCUACAAGGAUGUGGCUGCGCAGACAACUCCGGGGGAUAAGGUGAUUGUCAUGGCCAAGUUGGAAACGGAACAAACAAACUGGGUGGAGGAGGAACUGCCGGACUGGCAACGUGCGAUUUACAUCGUGAAUCCCUCAAACACCAUCUCCGCCGAUGAGGAAAUGCUCACAACGCCUGUGAACAAGGGCCACGAGUCCAUGGCUUACCUAACCUACGUGAUCGACUACUACGACAAACUCCCUUCAACCAUCGCGUUUCUUCACUCCCAUCGCUCUGGAUUCCUAAUGGCAUGGCACGUGGAUGCGCCACUCCACGACAACGUCGCCGCCAUGCGCGCCCUCCAAACCCCCUUCGUCCAACAAAACGGCUACGUCAACCUCCGUUGCAAUUGGAACCCGGGUUGCAAGGAAAACCACCGCCACAACAAGCACAUCACGGAAGAAGUAUGGACAGAACUCUUCGCGGGAACAAGCACGCCGCCGCUGAACGCCAGCGAGUCGGCCAACAUCGCUACUGAUUUGCGAUUUGACCAAGAUCAGAAGUACAUGCCGAUGCCGCAGUUGGUCGGUACUGCUUGUUGCGCACAGUUUGCUGUGUCGAGGAAUCAGGUGCACAAGCGUCCGAAGGAGGAUUAUGUCAAGAUCCGGCAGUGGGUUAUUGAUACGGAUAGGUCUGAUGCUGUUAGUGGACGUAUUAUGGAAUUUCUGUGGCAUGUUAUUUUUGGCAUGGAGUCGGUCUAUUGCCCCGACCAGGAACUCUGCUACUGCCAAGUCUACGGAAAGUGUUAGUUGGCUUUAGCCCCUUUAUUCCAGCAUGCCGUAUCAUACCGCGGCUGGUUAUCUCUUUUUGCUCGUCAAUUGUUUAUUUGGAAUAUUACAUUGGAUAGGCGUUUUUAUCUUUCAUACAUAUACCAGAUACCCGCCACUGUGCCUUUGUACAUUUUAGCUCUCUUCUAUGCUCAGAUCCCAUGGUCUUCGUGAGAGCAGAUUCGGAUACAGUCAAUCGUAUACAUAUUAUGCGAAUGAAAGUCUUGCCAUGUCAAUAACAUUCAAUACAGGGAAACCUUAGCAACUGCCAAUUGUCAGA